AUGAGUUCGACGGCCAAGGGCAGUGCGCCUAGUGUAAUGACCAAGUUUCUCGGCUUAUUACGUAACUAUCGUGAGCCUGUAACAGAUACAGAAGUACGUAAUUAUUUCAAGACAGAAGGAAAUAGCGACGGUGGUGGUAGUGGCUAUGAGCAAUUGCCAGAUGUCAUUAAUGCGCUACUUGGUGAGGGCAAGAUCAAGAUUUUUAAGAAAGGAAACGUCCUUUCGUAUGGAAUUGUGGAUGCAGAGGAGGCAGAACGUAUUCGAGGACUUACCUUGGAACAGCGCCUUGUGUUACAGGAGAUUGAGCGUGCAGGUAAUAAAGGUAUUUGGACAAGAGAUAUUAAGACACAUACUAAUAUUCCACAGCAAAUUGUGACCAAGACAUUGCGAUUAUUGGAGACACGGCGUCUCGUCAAGUCGGUCAAGUCCAUAAGCAGCAAGAAUAAGAAGCUAUAUAUGCUUUUUGACUUGGUACCUUCCACGGAAAUUACUGGUGGUCCAUGGUACAAUGAGCAAGAGUUUGACCACGUAUUUAUUAAUACACUCAGUACUUUUGUGUACGAAGUUAUUAAGGCCUCGGGAAUGAGUACGCUUAAUGCAGUCACAGAUAAGGUGCACGCCUCGGGUAUUUCCAAAGUCGCAUUGGGUCCAGAAGAAAUUCGCUCGAUCAUUCAAACGCUCAUGUACGACGGUCGUGUUGAAGAAGUUCGCUCUGUGCGUCUUACACCUGGUACAUCUCACGAGGUCAAGUACAAGGUUUCACAACAGAUUACAACCUUCAACUAUUUGUCGGAAACCCCGUGUGGCGUGUGUCCGGUCUUUGAUCAAUGUCAAGAAGGUAAUGUCAUUUCACCUCGUUCAUGCUUGUAUAUGACCAAGUGGUUGGGUCUCAAGGAGCUCGAGUUUUAA